CCAGACACCGCAGUCAGGCAGCCAGGAGACUAGGAGAGAUGGCGGAGGACGUGAAGCCUGAAUCCCACUUGAAGUGGAAGCACUGCGAGACCCCGGGCGUCCGGACGCUGUGCAAUCUGACGCAGCUGCUGGACAGACUGCAGGCUGACCACCGGGAAGACGUCCGCCUCUACACCUCGGGGCACCUGAACCCCAGCCGGCUCUACCGGCCUCCCGAGACCAUCCUGUACCACUGGCCAGAUGCCAAUAGGCCUCGGGCCCAGCCGGCCCCCAGGGCGAGGAAGCCCCGGCCUGGGAAGACGGCGGAGAUGAGGGAUGCGCUGGCUCAUUUCACCGUCCACACGGCGGUGGCCCCCGACGACGCCCAGGACACGCCGCUGUUCCGGUACUUGAACCCUCCGGCGCUCGCUCCCCGCACGUCGGAAGAGGAUUUCAUUCUGAAGAGGGCCCUGGAGGCACAGGCGCCCCGGCAACAGGAGCGCGCCGGCCCGGGCCCUCCGGAGCGGCCCCGAGAGGAGCUCAGGGUGCCGGAGAUGAAGGUGCUCCGGUACCGGGAGGCCCGGUCCAGCCGCCAGUGCGCCCUGGCACCCGCGCGCGGGGACGCGGACGAGUACCGCUACGUCAGCUCCUACCUGGCCGGGGUCACCAAGGCCGACAGGUACAAGAAGUUCUUGCGUUUCCAAAAGGAAGUGGUGGCCAAGCGAGACCUCCUGAAGAACGGCUACAGCGGGAGCGAGGUCGCCGCGCGCCACGAGCGGAAGCUGGAACAGGAGCUCCAGAAAAUCUGUACGUGCGACCCUCAGCAACUCAACAGGCUGCAGGUCUUCGGGGAGGUCUUCCAAGACAUUUGCGACAGCUCUUUAGUCGUUGGGGACCUCUUGAAGGAAGUCAAGGAAGAAUAUGAGCUCUACAUGGCGGUGCUCCUGCAGGCCCAGCCCACGGCCCAGCACCAGGCUCUUCAGGCUCAGCUCGAGGGGCUGGAGAAGAGCCCCGUGAAGACGGCCGACGUCCGCCAGGCCAAGGAGGAGCUGAGGAUGCUUGUGAAGGCCAUCAAGGCGGCCCUGGAGCGCAAUGACAGACUCCGAGAGGAACGAGAGAUGGAGCGCAUGCUGCUGCAGGCCUCUAAGAAACAAGCAGCUGAGAAAAAUGUAAUUGAUGAGAAGAAUCUUACUCUUAUUGAGAAGGUAGAGAAGAAGAGGUGUGAAAUACUCAACAAAUGGGAUGAAAUUCAAGCUCUUGUAAAACAAAUUAAGACAACAUUGGUUCACACUGGAGUUUCAGAUAUCACUGAAAACAGGAUUAAAAGCAUAGAGAAUGAAGCUAUAAAAUUGGAAACGGCAAACAGAAUUUUAAAGAAGAAAAUAAAAGUUGCUGAAGGCCACGUGAAGCAGACCAUCAAAAAGAACAAGAUCGGCGACGAAGAGCAGCAGGAGCUUUGGGAAUUUAUUAAGAAGUCUGUAAAAUUAGAAGAUACAGAAAAUAACGCUGGAGUUGACUGCGAAUGCGACCCGGGAGAGCUUAGCACUGCGUGUACCUAGCAUGGAUGUCCACACAGCUGGAAGUUAGCAAGUUUAUGCCUCAUUUUGUUGGCUUUAACCUUUAGUAAAAUUGAUGUGUGUAUGUAUCCUACUAA